AUGGAUGGCGGACGGGAAAACAUUGGGAUGGAUUCAGAUGGCUGGGCUCCCAGCGAGGAAUACGACAGCAUUUGUGAGAAGAACAAAUUCAUCAGGCAACAGGUUAUUGAUCGCACAGAGGAUGACGAAGAGAGGCAGCUUAGCCUAGAGCACUAUCGGUUCGAUGACCAUAAUGUAGACGAGAUAAAUCCAGCGCAUAUUGUUUGA